GGGGUAUGCAUGACUUUGUGAAUAUGAUAAUAUGAUAUGAUAUUGGUCUCUUACCCCGACCUCUCCAAAUAUCCAGUUUCUGCCUCUGCUCAGUCUGCCGGCCUUUCUGACAGUUUUCUUCUUUCUUCACCCUCGCUGCCCAAUACUUGCACUUUCUAGUUGUGAUUCUGGACAUACGCUCGCUUACUAUUUCAUCGUAACCAUGCAUAUACGUCAAGCGGCAGUGACUGCCAUCUGGCUCGCCCAUGCGGUUAGAGGUCAGACCUCGACCGAUUGUAACCCAACAGAGAAGACAUGUCCCUCCGACGAUGGCCUUUCCACCAGCAGCGCGAGCGUCGACUUUACCUCCGGCGCCAGUGCCGACUGGACCGUAACAAACGGCGCGGUGGGCUAUUCGAGUUCCGGCGCGGCGUUCACCAUCAACAAACAGGGUGACGCCCCCACAAUCCAGACCAACUUCUACAUCUUCUUCGGCUCCGUAUCGGUGGUCAUGCGCUCCGCCCCCGGAACCGGCAUCGUCAGCAGCGCCAUCCUCGAGUCCGACGACCUCGACGAGAUCGACUGGGAGUGGCUGGGCGGCGCCGCGGGUGAGGUGCAGACCAACUACUUCGGCAAGGGCAACACCACCACCUACGACCGGGGCACCACUGUUGGCGUCCCCGGCGGCAAUGCCGAGUCGACCAGCCACAAUUACACCAUCGUCUGGAACAAGGAGCAGACCAUCUGGUACAUCGACGGGAGCCCCGUGCGGACGCUCGCGUACGCGGACGCCGUGGGUGGGAAGAACUACCCGCAGACGCCGAUGCGGAUCCGGUUGGGGAUCUGGGCGGGCGGGGACAGCAACAACCCCCCGGGGACGAUUGAGUGGGCUGGCGGGGUGACGGACUACAGCCAGGGGCCGUUCACCAUGUUCGUCGAGAGGGUGGACAUAACCAACUUCAACCCAGCGGCGAGCUACUCUUUCGGCGACCAGUCGGGCUCCUGGGAAAGCAUCCAGAUCGACGGCGCAGCAGCUGGCGGUUCGGGGACUGAUGAGACGAGUGGGAGCAAAAGUAGCAGCUCUGUUGGCCGCAGGAGCACCGCUAUUGCUAUUGCCAGCGGUGCCGACAGCACUACCACCGAUAGCCCCAGUACCAGCACCAGUACCAGCUCCAGCACUAACAGCGCUACGAGCAGUACUGGCACCGGUGGCGCCGGCGGCAUUGGCAACGGCAACAGCAGUGUUACGAGCAGUCCCAGCGGUACAACGAACUCAGCCGGCUCCUCCGUCACCGGCCAGACGUCGUCGCAGACUGGCUCAGCGUCCUCGUCGACAGCGGUGAGCGUAUCUGGUGCAUAUGGCUGGAGAGCAGUCUCGCGACCAAGCAAAAUCACUGUGGUAUUGGGCGCUGGAUCUAUUGCGCUUUUCCUUGGCUAUAGCCUGUGA